UUGGAGCAGCCUUCCAUAUCGGUGAGACAGGUUCCACUGCGAGCCAUGAUAUAAAUGGGAUAUCCAACACCGUGGGGGUACUCCCAUGAGAUCGACUACGCACUAUUCAGUGCUAGUAUUCGGAUUGAUCGAAUUUUCUUUAGCAAGGGCGGUUUCUACUACUCCAUGUGGGACCAGGGCAUCUCAACGCUUCUUUUCCCGCAUAUAUAAAUCCAACGCAAGCCCACCAUCUUUUGGGUAGCAGGCAUCUGGGC